GUCACCGCCGCUGUUCUCUUUCUUCGCGCCGCCCGCUCUUCCCCCUGCGGGGGCCAUGCACGUUUUCGUCCUUGGGCAAGCAUGGCGGGGUUGCCGCCGGCGGACCCGCUACGAGGUCGGAGCCUGCCGGAGCUGCGGGAGAUGCUGAGCCGGCAGGAGAGGCUGCUGGGAGACCGGAAAUUUAUAUGUAGACUUCCAGAUAAAGGUAAAAAGAUUUCUGAUUUUGCUGAGAAAUUAAAGAUUGCUAUAGCACAAGAAGAAGAACUAAGGAGAACAACUGAGCUUUUAUCGGCUGUUAGAUUAGAGUUCCAGAAAAAACAAGACGCUAUUGAAUCCAGUAAACAGAAAGUUGUUGUCAGCAGUGACAAGUCAACAUGUGAAGAUUCAUCUCUUAUUAUUGAGCGUUCUGCUCUUCACAUUAGCAAUGAAGUCAAGCCAGCUUUGCAAAACAAGCAAAGUAUUUGGACAGAGAAAAGAAGCACAAAGAAUAAAACUGAGGUAGUUGAGGUCUCCAGUAUUCCUCAAGGAAAUGAAAAUGUUUUGGAGGUAUCUGCAGCCAGACAUUCAUUAGAUGCUUCAAAGGCUCCGGAACACAAUUCUCUAGGCAAAACUGAAAAUCCAGUGCCGUCUGCAAGCAGUGAGGCAUUGUGUGAUGCCUUUGAAAGGAUUUCAUUUGGAUGGAAAGAAUGUGAGGAAAAAUCUGAAGAAGGACAGAAUGUUAAACGUAAAGGCAAUCCUUUUCAGAACCUUCCAAAUACAACACCCCAAACUCCACAUUACAUUGAAGUGCUAGAACUGAGAGCAAAGAACCCAGUGACACAGAAAAGCAAAUUUAAAACCAAUGUAUUGCCCGCUGAGUUGAGUGGAUCAUCUCGUGGCUCUCCAGGUAUUCCUUCACCUGGAGCUCCCUCCUCUUCAGUUUCUGCAGAAGAAAGACGGCGUAGAGAUAGGAAGCACUUGGACGACAUUACAGCUGCUCGGUUGCCACCUCUUCAUCAUGAACCUACGCAGUUGCUAUCCAUAGGUGAAUCAAUAACGAUUCAGAUCCAGCAAAAAGAAGCGUUUGAGGAAAUGCAAGCCAAGCUCGCAGCCCAAAAACUUGCUGAAAGGCUCGGCAUUAAGAUGGUCCAUUAUGAGCCAGAGGGGGAGAUGGUGGCUGGCUACAGGGAAGUGAGGGAUGAGAACGGCUACAGCUCAGCUGAGGACUGAGUCCGAAAAAAGAACCUGCAGAUGGAUGCCAGGGUCUCACUUAGGGGUUUAUAAAGACUCAAGACCGAGUGUGAUUGUAUUUGCCGGAAGGUAUUCAUUUAUCAGAGGCCCCGGGCACCACUGAGGUGUGCUGAUCCCUUGGCCUUUUGCUCACGAAGGAUGUUGCUGUUUUUGGGUCUAGAAUGGCAUGACUCAAUGCCUUGCAUUUAACAGAACCACGAUCCAAGAACAGCCAAAUCAUGCCAGUUGUCUUCAGGUCUUUCCUGUGUUGAGGAUUGCUCCCAAGCAAUUGGAAGAUGCACACGUGUGUAAAAGAUGACAGUAUUUCCUAUGGAAAGUUCCUGGUGAUUCUAUAUUUUCCUACAUUAAAAUCUGGGAUUUGCCCA